AUUGGCGGCUAACCUCAUGUAGCCGGCUGUUUGUGUCGAUGCUAAUGACAACAACAAUACGGACCUUUCUUCUGAACUGGAUUGUUAGAGCCAACAGUGCGGUAUACGGGGAACUGUCAACAGCUAGUUGACCAGCACUCGUUGAUAAAUAUCCUCCAGUUUUGAUUUAAACAGCCACGCAGUGUUGCGGAGCAUCGUUGUAAAGUAGCAUUGUGGAGGUGGAUCCAAACAUGAGUCUGGCCGUGCACCGGGAACCUCGAAAAACUGCGGGGAACCGCAUGUCCAAACUGUUGGACGCUGAAGAGGAAGACGAAUUCUACAAAACUACUUAUGGAGGCUUCAACGACGAAUCAGGCGAUGAUGAGUACCAUGGGGAUCAUUCUGACACGGAGGACGAGGUGGACAGUGAUUUCGACAUUGACGAAGGUGACGAACCUGAUAGUGACCAGGAAGAUGAUGCUCCACGCAGGAAAAGUCGAGUUGUCACAAAGGCUUACAAGGAACCGAUAAAAGUGGCCAAGCCAAAACCAAAAAAACCCUCAGAAGAAACAAAAAAGACUGAGAAGAGUAAAGUGGAACUUAAAAGGCGGAUACCACAGGAGUUUCACGAUUUUUCUGAAACUCGGAAAUCAGUGCGACAGUCCACCAGUGAACACACACGUAAGACUAAUCUGCGCUUGCAAGAGCGACAGGAUGCCCCUCGGCGACGGAGAGGAGCACAUCGUGACAGGCCACUCACUCAAGACGAGUUGCUAGCAGAGGCCAAGGUCACAGCUGAGAUCAACAUACGUUCACUGGAAAACUAUGAGCGCUUAGAGGCAGACAAGAAGAAACAGGUCCACAAGAAGAGACGUUUUGAAGGGCCAACUAUCCGCUACCACUCUGUUCUGAUGCCCAUCGUCUCGCACUCUGUUCUCAAAGAGGAGAAUGUUGAUGUUGAAGGCUUGGAUCAGGAAGUUCCUCAGUCGACUCCCACAAACCCCUCCACAACACCCCAGCAAGCAGCAGGAGGGCUAUGCUCCCGCACCUACAUAACCUUCAGUGACGACGACGCGUUUGAGUCUGCGUUCGCUCCAGAAGCACAGUCCAGCCCUCAGCUUCCUGUGCAGGAGGUUUGUCCUGUCACCCAUAAACCAGCGCUUUACAGAGACCCGGUCACAGAUAUACCUUACGCAAACGCGCGAGCCUUCCGCAUCAUCCGAGAGGCUUAUCGCAAAUAUGUUGCUGCGCAUGGAUUUCCCAACACGCCUGGAAGUUCUGCUGGACCGGUGUCUUCAUUGUCGAAAGGCCCCAGACAAAAAACUGCAGUCAAGCAGGGGACAGUUUCUGCCUAAAUGAUUGACUUCUACAGCUAAAACAGGUCGGUAUUGGGAUACAUUUCAGGUUAGUGUAAAUUGCAUAUGUUGUGCCUCAGUAAGAUUUAUGGAGCUAAAUUGUCUUUUAUUCAGUUUACUGUAUGAAGAGGUGACACUUAAAUAAAAUGUUCGACUUCUGACCUUGCUUCUCAACAAGUGACUGCAUUAUCGACAUCAGCACAACUGUAUGUGUCCUCGUCCUCCGUCAAAGGAACAUUGACAAAAGACGGUCUGAAUGAACCUAAACCUCUCGAGUCCUGGCUGGACUCUA